AGAAUGUAUUGUGAUUUCCGUUUCUACUGUGUGGGGAUCACAGGCUUAAAUGGGAUUUGCCUUGGUUUUACUGUCUCUUUAAGGCAGCGAUACUGUGUGUCUGAUUAAUUCAAUGUAACGCGAUGCGUUAGAGGGAGAAACCUAUUUUCUGCUGUUGCGGUUGAUGUAGCCUAGAAGACAAGGGUUGAUCAAGAAGGGGAAAAAGACUUUCGGGAUUUUCAUCUAAAUGAACACCAGCUUUAACGUCAUUCAAGCAAAGAUAUAUAUACAAACUAUUUAGUAUGUAUUCUAAUUAGCUGGAUGAAGUGCUAAGAUUUAUAGGUGCGGGCAGAAGACGUGUAUUUCUACUUAUUGUAGAGGAGUGUUUUUGGAGUCAUUGUCAUCAUCUCUAACGACAUGUCGGAGAAGCACGGUCUGGAUGAGUCAGGGAGGCAGCAAAUGAACCAGAUGCUGCCCCCUCCCUACAUCCCUGCCCAGGACCCUAACAUGCCCCCACAGGCACCCCAGAACCCCGGCUGUGGCCCCCAGCCCAACUACCCCCCUCCUCCACCUCCACCGGGCUCCGAGGGCUACCUCCAGGAGACCCAGUUCCACUGCGGGACUCUGGGCCACUCUCGGGCUCCUAACGGCUACCCCGUGCAGACACAUGGCCCGGGAGGAACCGUCCCACACCCCCCAGUGGGCUACCUGCACCCUGGAUACCCGCUCCAGCUACAGCCAUGCACAGCCUAUGUACCGGUCUACCCCAUCGGGACAUCGGGGCAGCCCUACAUGCCUAACGGAGGGCCCCACCCUGGCGUGGCUCCUGGGCAGAUGGCCAUGCAGAUGCCCACUGGUAUCGCUUUGAUGGAGACCCGGCGCCCGCCUCAUGAUUACCUGCCCAUCGCUGUCCUCACCACCGUCUGUUGCUUCUGGCCUACAGGAAUCAUAGCCAUCAUCAAAGCCAUGCAGGUGCGCACAGCGGUUGCUAGGGGAGAUAUGGUUACUGCAGAGAUUGCCUCCCGAGAGGCGCGGAACUUCUCCUUCAUCAGUCUGGCGGUGGGCAUUGCCUCCAUCGUGCUUUGCACCAUCCUAACAGUGGUGGUCAUCAUCGCUUCCCAGCAUCACGAGGACGAUUGGGAACCCUAGAAUGGAGAGAGUGGGGUGGAGGUGGAGGUGGAGGUGGUGUUGGCAAAGGUUGGUGGAGAAUGUGGGCACUAAGAACAGACUCCUUUUCCUGCUGCUAAAUGUCGAAGGGCGCAAGUGGUUUAACGGUUCUGACUGACUGACAACACUGCACUGACAAUGUCCUGGUGAACUUUUAAACAUUGGCAUUCAUGCUUCACAGCAAACAUGGCAAGCGUUUAAGCGACAGCAGUGUUGUCACAAAGGCUUAAAUGCAAAAUUUACCAUAAUUCACUUUCCAAACAUGGGCCAGUACAUAGGCACUACAAACACUUUUCAUAUCUGAUGUACACACACACACACACACACACACACACACACACACACACACACACACACACACACACACACACACACACACACACACACAUACACUCAAAUCAUUUGAAGAAGGCUCAUCCAUUAUUAUAGAACAAGCAUACACCUACACACUUCCAUCACUAGAGUUAUUAUAUACAGAAAUGCUCUAAUAGUAUUAAAUAGCAUUGAUGGUUAUGCAUUAAUCAUAAAUGCUGUAUAUUUUAUUGUUGUGCUUGUUGGUAUUCAGUAACUUGAUUGAAUCUUUUUUGUCAUUCAUUAUUGUAGGUCACCAGUGUAACAAAAGUAGUAACAAAACAAAUGAAACUGCCAAAAAGAGGGAAUUGAUGAAGUGAUUCAACAGUAAUUUCAGAAUGACAACAGGCAAAUACAACCUGGGUGAGGGAUUUGACUAUGAUUUUGCCAAAUACAUGUGUCAAUACAAAGAUCUGUUUCCCAUAGUCAUCUGUUAAACAGAUCAUGCCAAUACGUUAACAGUGUAUACAAAUGAUAGCCAGUGUUUUCCUCUUGUGUGUUGAGAGGAGACCUAAAGAGAGCCAGAACUAAUCAUGUUGCCCCUACAGUGUUGCUGUAGAAUGCUGUAGUUAACUAUAAGAAUGUAUUGAGGAGGGAUAUCAUCUCUAGUUUUACCCUCCGGACCUAGAGAAGAGCCUCAUAGGACAUCAGUUUGCUGUUUUAUUUAUUUAUUUGUUUUGUUUUGCUUGUUUUUUUUUCUAGUUUCUAAUGUCUCCAGAUAACUUUGCUUAUUUAUUUAUUUGUGAUUUUAUUCAAUUAUUUACUGUAUAUGCAUAGUUAUAGAUGAAUUUCUUCAAAGUUGCAUUAUUUUGUGUAUUUUCAAAUCCAUAGAUAUCAGCUCAUCAUUAGUAUAGAAUGCUCAUUCUUUCAAUCAGGCCUAUUUUGACGCAUGUGAGUAUGCACCUUCAAGCUGCAUUUGAGAGUGCAGAAGCUCUUUUUCUUUAUCUUUAUGAAUAUUACAUCUGGCUUCCUUGUAUUAUUUAAUGUCAGUCUAAACAGUGCAUAUGUGGGACUACAGGAACUGUGUCCUGCCAAGUAAUACAUUGGUCAUAUACAUGGACAGAACACUUCCAAUGACCUGGAAUUUUGGGCCAGUGGGACCAGGCCCAAAGGAACAGGGUGUCAGACUGGAGAUGAAGUGUCUCGUCAAGAGUACAGUGAUAAAAAUAGCACCAGUUUUUGACAUUGUUCAUAGACUCAGUGGACACAUGGGAGACCAGUUUGCUAUGUCAUCGUAGAGGUAACAAUCCCUCAGUGUAGGGCAAUAGGACAGUUUACAGUCUACACCAUGUCAGAUCUCAUGCUCGAUUUUGGCUCUGAAGUUUAGAAUAACUGACUUUGUGUUUGCAAUGUAGGAUUGGAUCGUUUUUACAGUUCAUUGUCAAAAAAGGCAUAGUGGUAUCGAUUUCAAGAACUUUUCCAUAUAUUUGUUUAAUGUUGACUCCAUACUAUCAAUCUAAUGAUGUGCUGGAUUAAAGUUGCUACCAAUUGUCAUUUUAUGUCUUAGGUGUGAUAGGAUCCACAGAUAAUUCUGUAUUGUAUUUUUUUUUUUACAAUGUACAGCCCUAAAGCAGUAUCUUUCACGGACACAGGAAUGCACAGCUGAUAAUCUGUUUACAGUGCAGUGGUUACUCCUGCUCUCGUGUUAUUCUGUAGCUGGUUCUGAUGUAACAUGUGGAUUGGAAACUGCUCAUGAGCAUAAAUUCUCAUUGACUGCUCACACCAUGGCAACCUACCUCUGGUUCCAUUAUUGACAUCUUUCUGCACUCAGCCUCCUAUUGGACUCGGUGUUGGCCUGUGCUUUAUACCUGAUAGUAUCUCUGCCUCAGAGGCAAAUGGGCGAUAAUGCUGUUUAGUAGGAAUAAUGAUGAAACUUUAUUUAUAUAGAAACAGACAUGCCGACCCUUUGAAUCAAAGGCUGUUGUUUGAAAUCAGCUAUUCCCAUCGAUUUUUUAAACUUAAUAUAGACAUAUACAGUAUACAUUCCCUUUUGAGUUGUUUUUAUUUCACAUUCUGGACAGAAAUGUUGCCAUAUCUUCUUCUUCUCCCAUUGCUGUUAAUUGGCUAAAUCUUAGCUUUUUAGUGUGACUGGAAACAGAUGAGAAAGUAAUUUGCAAUGAUUGUGCCAAGGGGUGUGAUAAAGCUCAGCUUGCCUUUCUUACUUUCAUUCUCAUGAUUCCACACACGGUCAGAUUUCAUAGCUGGCUGAUAUUAUUUGAAACAUUUUUCUAUUCAUGUGUAGACAGAAACAGCUUGAGAUUUCAGGAUGUGUAUACACAGUACAAGCAGUUUAUUCCUAGCGAAUAUUGCUGGGCUUAGAUAACUCUCUAAAAAUGCUUUACCUCCUCCAGUGUUUGAUAUAUGUGAGAGAUGAGAAAACAAAACAAAUUCUGCCUGGUUACUUAUGACUGCUUUGGAGUGAAAGAUCUUUAAGCUUGCAAUCAUGCCACACGUGCUUGUGGCCCAUUUGACGAGGCUGCCAGCUCACCUGUGUUAAAGUGCUUUGAGCUUUAUUGUAACACAUGCAUUUGCUGUAUAAGUUAAGUUGAAGAAUUAAAGACAAAUGUUUGGUUGUGAA